AAAUUUACGAAAAAAAUUGAAAAUUUAUUAAUAAAGAAAAUAUUUGAUGCAAAAAAGAAGUUUGUGUUCUAAGUCUUUUGUUUUGUUCUGCAUUUAACCUCAUUUACUGAAGUGAUUUUGUGAAAUAUGAAUUUGCAUUGAAAGUGUCAAACUGAUUUUAAAAUAAAGUAUUAAUACAAAAUUAUGGCUCUCACAAACUUUUCCCUGCCUUUUGGGGCAUUGACACAAUCUGCCGGUGUGGCUGGCCCUUGGAGUCCCACAGUUUCCCCUCUACAUCCCAUACAUCAUCAGUUGGCAGCCAAUACAAAUAAUCUGCUCUACUCCCCAGUGGAUCAUCAGCAGCAGCCCGAGGAUGGUGCGGCACCACCACCUGGUUCCGAUUUUUACAAAAAUAAUCCCUAUGCUCCGCCACAGCAGACCUCGUAUCAACAGUUCAAUAGCGGCAGACGCAAGAAUACCUAUUUACCACCAGUUACAACAACAGGUACCCGUAAUACCCAAUACCAUAUACAACAGCCAUCUGUUGCUAUCCAGCAGCAGCAGCAGCAACAACAACAAUAUCAUCAUCAACAACAGCAGCAUCUGCAACAUCAAUUUAGUCACAUUAAUAACCAACAGCAACAACAACAUCUGCAGCAGGCACAAAAUAAUAACAAUGCCGUUUUCAAAACUGCAUCCUCAUCCUCGUCAGCAACGAUAACUUCAUCCUUAACAGCCUCGGCUAGUAGUAGCACAACCAGCAAUGGUCCAUCAUCCAAUACACGCACUUAUGGUGAGGGGAGCUAUUCAAGAUUUCCACAAGCAUCGAACAAUAAUAAUAACAACAACAACAUUGUAAAAGAAUCAUUAGCACCACAGCAACAACAACAACAAUAUUAUAACUCUUUCGCCUCGACUAAACAAAAUCAUCAACAAUCUCGUCUAACUGUAGGUUCUGCACAGGGUGGCAUAAAUUUCGGUUUACCCAAGACAAAUGUGGAACAGCCACCACCAGCUCCAGCUGCCCAAUAUGGCCCAGCCAAUGGCAAGGGUACUCCCUCUUCGGCUGCUGCUGCUGCUGCUCCUGGUGAUAGUACAAAUGAUGCAUAUCCCGAUAGACCGCCCGGUUUUACACGAGUUCAAGCCGGUCAGGGUUCUAGAACUGGGGUCCAUGCCGUUCUCGACUAUGAUUUGGAAGAGGGCGAAGAAGAAGACUAUUAUGAUGCUGAAGAUCAAGGUGAACCCGUUAAUAAAGAUGGUUCACACAAAUCAACAAUGCCUACCGUUACACCAAUUCAAGGACCAAUUUACCUGAAAAAUGGUACCGUGCCCGUUGUGCCAUUAUUCCAUUAUCCCACAUUCAAUAAUGGUUCAUUUGUCCAGAUACCAAUUUGGUGGACAGCUCUGUCGGUGGCUUUGGGUCUGGAUGUACGUGGCGAUUUGAUAAAGGGUGUGCCCUGUAUAAAACGUUAUCAUCAGUUAUUCUGUCCGACAGCCGGCAACAGUUAUCCAAUUGAAAAAAUUGAACGUUUCAUUGAUGAUAAUAAGGCGUUAAUGCGACGAAUGUAUGGCGAUUUUGAAAUGAAUAUGGACGAUGGUGGACCAAGGCAACAGACGAAGAAGAGAAAGAGGCGUUUCAUUGAUGAACCAGAUAUUUUCUUACCACCUGGGGCGUAUCCUUCGUUUGUGGCCGAUGAUGAGGUGGAACCGCACGAUGAGGAACAUGGUGAGAGCUAUUUUGGUAAGCUGCGCAAUAAACGUCAGGCAAAUCAGGGAAAUCGGGAUGGCAAUCCGGGCAAUCGAAAUGCCAAGCAAACGGGACCGAGAAGUGGCCAACAGGCUUCGCCAACAGGAAGAUUGGAUGCCUGUGAAUCGAAGGUGGAAAUUGUCACACCCUAUUGGGCCUCCAACUCUGCGGGUAAAAUUAGGGCCAUUGUGAAUACACAACAUUUUGAACAGGCCAUACAUCAGGAAAUUUGCUCAAAAGCCCAAACGCCGCGUUGCAUUGGCGAAUGCGGUUGUGAGCAGAAAUACAAAUGGCAUCGCUUACUGGCCUAUGAUCCCGACAAUGAUUGUAAGGGAAUUUUCAUGGAUUGGUUCCUCUUCCCCUCAUGCUGUGUCUGCAGAUGUAAUCCUUAAGGCCAACAACAAAUUUGAAUAGACUUUAGUAAAAAAACACACCUUAAAAAGGACACCACUAGAAGAUACUAAGAGAGAUAAACAAAUAACUGUAUUUGCUAUUAAGUCUAGUUUAAGUUUUAUUUUUUCUUGACAAUUUUUAUUUUAUUUUGUUUUUUUUUUUCAUAACUUACACCACUGCUAUCCAAAAGAGAGGUUUAUAAAAAUUGAGUUUAUAAACCUAGAUCAUCUAUGAGAUGCGCUAAAGAACGUAUAUAGAUACGUCAGGACGUAUAUAGAUACGUCAGGACGUCUAUAGAGACGCCCUACAGGACGUCUAUAGAGAGGCCCUACAGGACGUCUAUAGAGACGCCCUACAGGACGUCUAUAGAGACGCCCUACAGGACGUCUAUAGAGACGCCCUACAGGACGUCUAUAGAGACGCCCUACAGGACGUCUAUAGAGACGCCCUACAGGACGUCUAUAGAGACGCCCUACAGGACGUCUAUUGAGACGCCCUACAGGACGUCUAUGGAGACGCCCUACAGGACGUCUAUGGAGACGCCCUACAGGACGUCUAUGGAGACGCCCUACGGGACGUCUACAGAGACGCCUUCGUGGACGUCUACAGAGACGCCCUCGUGGACGUCUAUAGAGACGCCCUUGUGGACGUCUAUAGAGGCGCCCUUGUGGACGUCUAUAGAGACGCCCUACAGGACGUCUAUAGAGACGCCCUACAGGACGUCUAUAGAGACGCCCUACAGGACGUCUAUAGAGACGCCCUACAGGACGUCUAUAGAUACGACUUUCAGGUCGUCUAUGGAGACGCCCUACAGGACGUCUAUGGAGACGCCCUACAGGACGUCUAUGGAGACGCCCUACAGGACGUCUAUAGAGACGCCCUAGAAGACGUCUACAGAGACGCCCCAGAGGACGUCUAUAGAGACGCCCCAGAGGACGUCUAUAGAGUCGCCCCAGAGGACGUCUAUAAAGUCGCCCCAGAGGACGUCUAUAGAGUCGCCCCAGAGGACGUCUAUAGAGUCGCCCCAGAGGACGUCUAUAGAGACGCCCUUGAAGACGUCUAUUGAGACGCCCUAGAGGACGUAUUUAGAGGCGCCCUUCAGGACGUCUAUAGAGACGCCCUUCAGGACGUCUAAAGAGACGCCCUAAAGAACGUCUAUAGAGUCGCCAUAGGUCAAUUUAUAAAAUCUCUUUCCCCUCAAUUUUAAAAUGCAGUCCAGUCAUUGAAAUCCCUUUUUUACUUGAAUUCGAGGAUAUGUAGUGGCGUAGGGUAUUACAUGGUCGGCUUCUCCGGUCAAAGCAUUUUUAACAUUUUUAUUUUUUUAAAUUUUAAGAAACGUGCCAAGAUGGAAAUCAGAUUCCGCUCAUAUGCCGUGCCAAUUAAGUACGAAUAAAAAAAUAUGUAUUAAAAUUUAAACAAUGAAGAAAAAAUGGAAGAUCCCACACGAGGAAACCUACAAGAGGUGGCCAAUACUUAAUAAGGAAAGUGGAUAAUUGCCACUAUUCUCUUCUUUAAGGCCAUUUUGAAAGGGUUUCCCUAUUUUGAGAUAAAAAAAGAUAUUGAAAAUAAAAUUAUAAAAAUUAAAAAUUAAAAAAUUAAAAUUAAAUUUCAUAAUUUUUGCUCUCCUAAAACAAGUAAACAUUAAUAUUAAUAUAACUAAAAGAAUUAUAUAUAGUAGAAUUGUUUGUUAUAAAAUUAAUUAAUUUUAAGUACCAGCAUGACACAACAUUACCAAUUUCACAAGCAUUUACAUUUUAAGUUAAUAGCAUUAGUUCUUUUUUUCUGUUUUGUUUAUUAAUUAAAUAAAUCAUACACACAUGCACAACACCUCUUUUACGAACGAAAUAAAUUUAUGACUUACAAAUAAAUAUUCUAAAUAA